AUUGAAAGUAAUUGGUGUCAUCCUCUGCAUGUGUGUCAAGGAUACCAUGAAAAUUUCUUUCUAGUUUCCCACCGUUGUCGGUGGAGUCUUCCCUGAAGCUUCUUGGAGGCCCUCCGGAAUUUCUCGCCGUUUUGCUCCCCGUUCUAGAAAUGGCUUGCCGUUGACUCAAAAGGACAAGAGCCUUUCUACACCAUCGUCAAUUUUUGACCUGCGAGUCCACCUGAUACAUGCUUAGUUCUUUUGUCAAUGCAAUCAAUCCUUCAAGCGCUGCAUCUUGACAUGGAAAAUUCCAUGUUUGAUCAAAAGGACUAAGAAGAAUUGGGACUAGCAUAAUUCCUUCAACACGUAUUGAUUUUCUCACAUUGACUUCGUUUUUCGGCCAUACCAGGCCCCUUUCAAAGGCAACGGUAGCUUUCUUUGGGAUUAUUACACAUGUUUAUGAUGAUCAGCAUCAUAGUUUGAUCAUAUCCUUGUCUGCAUCCACCUUAUAUUGAAGUUCCUUCAACCCUUCAACAUAUAAAUAUGUUGCUCAUCCGCUCUCUUCCUCUCCAAUCUCGCUCCAUCACCUCCAGGAAACUCUUCUUCUUUACCUACAAUCAUAUUGCUCUCUCAUCCACAGCUACUCGUUAUCGAAGCACCUCUUCAACUAGAAACACACAGAAACCCGCCCCGCCUACACCACAACAGAAGUCAAAGAUGGCGUCCACUGAUGUUCUUUCCCACACGCUCUCCUCCAUCACGUCCAUUAAACUCGAAGAGAUUUCAAGCCAGAGAUCCGCAUUCGAGAAAGGUAAGGCAGACCUUCUCCAAGCCGUGUCGAAUGAGCCCAAGCAAAGCGAGAAACUCCGCAUCUUGCUGGAUCAAAUUGAGGAACUUGCUUCUAUGGGCAAGCUCAAAGAUAAAAAAUCUAUCUCUUUGUCCAACAUUCGUAUUUUCCUUCAACAAGCUCAACAUGACCCAUCGGUUUCGGAAGACCUUCUCAAGGAUUGGCAAGAAAAGCUCGAGAAGGAGCUUGACAUUCAUUCGUUGAAGUAUGAGUAUGCCUCGCUGUAUGGUCGACUUGUCAAUGAAUGGCUCUCAGCCUCAGAAGAUAAUGCCGCGUCUGAUAGCAGCUUUGAGAGCGUCGGCCGAAAGGAGAUGCACGAGCAGCGGCAGAAGUGGGAGGAGUUUGUGUUUGAGCCUCUAGAAACUGAUCCCGCUGCCAUUGAGUCAUACCUCACCAAGCUCUUCACCUCGACGGAUGACAUUAAAAACGCUUGGCAUGGGCUGCGAUACCAGACCACAGUUUUCGAAAAAGAAAUGGAGAAUCAAACGCACUUCGACGAGGACUCCCUAAGAUGGGUAAUCAACGGCCUCCUCCGUAGCGAUCUUCUCACCGACGAAAAACGCGCCAUUCUCAAGGACUUUCAAAGCAAAAAGGUCGUCCUCGCUGAAGUCGCCGACGUCCUAAAUAUGCGUAUGUCUUCGCUCGACAAGUGGAAAUGGGCCUCGGAAGGUACACCUGUGGAACAACGGCGCCAAAUCAACGGCCGCUACCGUUUUUACCACGACGAAGAUCUUCUACAAACUAUUCUCCUCCGUUACAUUGGCGUGAAAUGGUCCGUAUUUUUCAAGCAAACGCUUACCAGGUUCAAAAACUCCUCCAAUGUCUGGGCUAGCUUAUCCCCACAAGUUCCAAAAGCAGAUAAACUCAAGCGCAAGUACUUCCUUGGCCAGUCUCACGACCGUCCCGGAAACGUCGAAGCUACCAGGGAAGAACACUUCAAUUCUGAUAUCUUCCUCGAGCAGCUCCAACAUUCUCCGGAAGAACAACGAGGCGGCUACUCCGACGACGAUGCAGAAAAUGCAAAGGAUACACGUAGAUCCCCUACAAAAAUCACUCAAUCAGUGCUCCACACUCUGGCCACCGAAAUCAUCAUGCAAACUCGUUUCCGCAGCCCCCUGACUGUCGUCCGUUCCGAUUUCACCUGGUUUGGUCCUUCUCUCCCUCACACGAGUAUGUUCUCGGUGCUAUCCCAUUUCGGCGUUUCCACUAAAUGGUUAUCAUUUUUCCGCCGCGCUCUUGAAGCGCCCAUGGUCUUUCCCUCCGAUGGACCAUCCGCUCCUGUUCGCAUUCGCAAGCGUGGAACUCCGAUCAGUGGCCCGCUAAGUGAUAUGCUCGGCGAAACUGUCCUCUUCUGUCUUGAUUUUGCUAUGAACAAUCGGACUAAUGGCGCACGUUUAUACCGUCUACACGACGAUAUAUGGUUCUGGGGCAGCUCCCCUGUUUGCGUAUCUGGCUGGCAAGUUAUGCAAGAAUUUGCCUCUCUCAUGGGACUCUCCUUCAACGCGGAUAAGACAGGUUCCUGCACCGUAACUCGCCAUCCUACCAUCAUCACCCCACCUCCUUCGUCGCUACCGCAAGGACUUGUUCGUUGGAGCUUCCUGUAUUUAGACCCUCUCACUGGACGAUUUUUGAUUGAUCAAAAACUAGUCGACAACCACGUCAAGGAACUAAGCCUUCAAUUAAAAGCCUGCAAAUCCAUAUUCGAUUGGAUUCAAGCCUGGAACAUCUACGGUUCUCGAUUCUUCUCCACGAAUUUUGGCCGACCAGCCCACUGUUUCGGACUCGCUCACGUCGACGAUAUGCUCACCACUUUUUCGCGAAUCCAAACCCAACUCUUUUCCGAAACCGGUGGUUCCGUCACUUCCACUCUCAAGUCUAUGCUCCAUUCCCGCUUCGGCGUCGAAAACAUCCCAGAGGGUUACCUCUAUUUCCCCAUGUCCAUGGGAGGUCUCGAUCUCAAAUCUCCUUUCGUACCGCUCUAUCUGAUCCGCGACCAGGUCAGGAAAAAUCCAGAUGAAGCUAUGGAUAUAUUUUUUCUGAAAGAGCGAGCUGACUACGAAGCCGCGAAAAAGGUAUACGAAAAUGGUGAUUCUGUGCUUACACGUAAUGGAGUUAAACACGAUCCGGCUCUUGAAAGCGUCGGCUUUCCAUCAUUUGAAGAAUAUACAAAGUAUAGAGAACGCACGUCAAGCCGUUUGCAUGCUGCGUAUGAUGUUUUGAAGUCUGAGCCGGAGGAAUGUCGGGUUGAUGUUACGGUAGGGAGAGAAGUGUUUGAGAGACAGCGGGAGAAAAUGUCGGAAUAUCAGAAGUGGAUUGUGCAGUUGUAUGGAUUGGAUAUGGAGGAGAGGUUUGGUGGCUUGAAUGUUGUGGAAAAGGGAUUGCUUCCUACGGGGAUGGUGGGGAUGUUUAGGGAGAGUAGGUUUAAGUGGCAGGGAUGAGGACGGGGAUGAGGAUGGAGGAUGGUGGUUGUGUCGUUGCGUAAAUAAGGACACGCCUUCAUGCUGAUAAAUACCACAGUUUGUAGUAGAAAGAUAAACAAUAAUAACUCUCCACUAAACAAUAAAUGCUAAGCUUACAUUUACUUCA